UACCGUACUUCACUCAGACACGCACUCGUUUCAGGAGCAUUACUCGCGCGAGAGGGGGGGUUCGUGACCCCUGCCCCAGCUGUCAGCUGCGCUCGCGCAGCCGUGUCUGACUUUCCCACUCUGCCCCCGGUAGCAUGGCGUCAGGCGAGGAGGACGGUUCGGUUGAGGAGAAGGAAAACAACAACAAGAAGAGAACGAAAAGCGCACUCGCGACAGCAUGGCUGACAAUUUACAACAUCGCCAUGACGGCCGGGUGGUUAGUGCUGGCGGUGGCGAUGGUCCGGUUCUACCUGCAGAAGGGCACUCAUAAGGGGCUCUACAGGAGCAUCGCCCGGACACUCAAGUUCUUUCAGACAUUCGCCUUACUGGAGGUUGGGCACUGUGCAAUUGGAAUGGUGCGGACAUCAGUGAUCGUGACGGGCGUCCAGGUGUGCUCCAGGAUAUUCAUGGUCUGGUUUGUCACCAGCAGCAUACGACAGGUCCAGAACACAGAGAGUGUGCUGCUGUUCCUGGUGGUGUGGACGCUCACAGAGAUCACGCGCUACUCCUACUACACCUUCAACCUGCUGCACCACCUCCCCUACUUCAUCAAGUGGGCCAGGUAUAACCUGUUCAUCGUGCUGUAUCCGCUGGGGGUGAUUGGGGAGCUGAUGACUAUCUAUACUGCUCUGCCGUUUGUGCGCAAGUCUGGAAUGUUCUCCAUGCGUCUGCCCAACAAGUACAACGUCUCCUUCGACUACUACAUCUUCCUCAUCCUUGUCAUGCUCUCCUACAUACCACUGUUUCCACAGCUGUUUCUCCACAUGCUGCGCCAGAGGAGGCGAGUUCUUCAUGGAGAAGUCAUAGUGGAGAAGGACGACUAGACACCCCACAACCUCCACCACCCAACAACCACCCAACCACCACCUAAAGCAAGCAGACCACCACCCAACCACCCAAACCAAGCAGACCACCACCCAAAUCCAACUCAAAAACCACAAACCACCCCCGCUUCACCCAACCACCACCACCCACCACACUCCACCCAAACUCCACAGACCACCCAACCACACUCCACCUCCUGCUUUCCCAGAAAACAGACUCCUCCAGUCACAAACAAACUGACCCUCCUCCUACCCAAUCAGAAUCCUCCUCAAUUACACCCCUCCUCCAAUCAUGACCUUCUGAUUGGGUGAGCUGCCAAAGCGGGCGGAGCCUGAAGGAGGCCCAGAGCAGGACAAUGUGGCUCCCAGAAUGCAACAGGAGCUCAAGCAGCCGUCGACCUGCAGCAUUGGACUCUCCUGAGGACUUCCUCAACACUCUCCUAGGCAUGCAGAUGGCUCCAGUGUGUGUGUGUGUGUGUGUGUGAGAGAGAGAGAGAGUGUGUGUGUGUGUGUGUGUGUGUGUGUGUGUGAGUGAGUGAGUGAGUGAGUGAGUGAGUGAGUGAGUGAGUGAGUGAGUGAGUGAGUGAGUGAGUGAGUGAGUGAGUGAGUGAGUGAGUGUGUGUGUGUGUGUGUGUGUGUGUGUGUGUGUGUGUGUGUGUGUGUGUGUGUGUGAGUGAUGGAGCAUAUAAGGGGAGUGGUGGAAUACACAUUAGAUACACACACACACACACACACACACACACACACACACACACACACACACACACACACACACACACACACACACACACAAGGUGACGUGAACAGAUGUGCUUGGGUGUGAUGUGAGAGGGUUGUGUUUGGUUGUCAUGACAACGGGCUCCAUGUUUACAUCUCCACUGUCCAACGUUUUUAUUUAUUGGCUGAGGGGAGUGGCUGCCUCAGACAGAUCAGGGCUGGGAUUGGCUGCCUCAGACAGAUCAGGGCUGGGACUGGUCGAGGGCUCUCAGUGACCCUUGACCUCUUGACUCACAGCACUCCCAGUUCUCAGUUCUCAGUCUCACUCCGUCCACUAUUUAUUUGUCAAUGUAACAUGAAUGUGUGUAUCUUGAGAGAUAGAGAAUGAGUGUGUGUGUGUGUGUGUGUGUGUGUGUGUGUGUGUGUGUGUGUUCCCUCUAUACGGUGCUACUGUGAGGUCAUUGCAAGUCUUGUGUACCGCUGAGCAGAAUGGAGGCGGAGCUAAGAGAGAAACAGGAAGUUGAACGAUGGGAAUAAAAAUGUGAAGACACAAGAAGAGAUGUGUGUGUGUGUCA